ACCAAGCGCCACCGAAUGCUACGCGACCCCCUCUCCCCCUCGUUUUUCUCCUCUUCUUUAAACCGCGCCGCGCCGCGCCUACCCAAAUAUAUAACCGUGGGUGCAGCCGUGCGCCGAGCCGUGCGUGCAGCAGGCGCAGGCCGUGCUCGUGCUCGCUCGCUCGGGCAGUCGGUCUCCCUCCGCGAGGAGAGAGGAGACCCUUGGCAAGCGUGGAGGACGACUCGGUGCCGGCCGAGUGCGGCUGCUGCUGCUGCGGCUGUCUCCUGCCGUGGCCGCGAAAUCAUCGGGUUGGCCGGUGGUCGGCGCACGCAGGUGCUAAGAGCUACAAUACCUGAGAAUUCAGUUAGUGGAUCAUCAGUUCGAGGAAAGCUGCGAGAAAUGGAGAUGGACUUGGCAGUCGAGCAGUACGGAUGCGUGCAUUACAGGAGGAAAUGCAAGAUAAGGGCGCCCUGCUGCGGCGAGAUCUUCGAUUGCAGGCACUGCCACAACGAAGCGAAGGACUCGUUGGAGGUCAGCAUCAGCGACCGGCACGAGAUCCCUCGCCAUGAAAUCAAGCUGGUUAUCUGCUCUCUCUGCAACAAAGAACAGGAUGUACAACAGGAUUGCUCCAAUUGUGGGGCAUGCUUGGGUAAAUAUUUCUGCGCAAAAUGCAACUUUUAUGAUGACGAUGUAUCAAAGAACCAAUUUCACUGCGAUGGAUGUGGCAUAUGCAGGCAAGUUGUGCUAAAUAUGCAUUCCUGUGACGGAGUAAUGAAAUAUGAGCCCUUUUUGAUAAAUCUCACCAUCACAUUUUACAGAACUGGUGGUGCAGAGAACUUCUUUCACUGUGACAAAUGCGGAUGCUGCUACAGCUAUGUGCUGAAGGAUUCCCAUCAUUGUGUGGAAAGAGCAAUGCACCAUAACUGCCCUGUAUGCUUCGAGUAUCUAUUUGACUCAACAAAAGACAUCAGUGCACUGCACUGCGGACACACGAUCCAUCUGGAAUGCCUAUACGAGAUGAGAUCCCAUCAACAAUUCUCUUGCCCGGUCUGCCUGAGGUCUGCUUGUGACAUGUCCCAUGCAUGGCAAAAGCUUGAUCAAGAGGUUGCAGCAUCGCCGAUGCCAGUGAUCUAUCAGAAGAAAAUGAUAUGGAUCCUAUGCAACGACUGUGGGACGACAUCGAACGUGCAAUUCCACAUAUUGGGACACAAGUGCCCCGGAUGCAGCUCUUACAACACCCGGCAGACAAGAGCCGCCCCUGCUGCCGCGUGCUCCAGAGUCUGAAUUCUGAAGAACAGUGAGAUGAGAGCUAGUCUGAACUCCGAAGAACAGCGAGAGAUUUGCACUGCUCUCUGCAGUCUGAAAUGCCCAAUAAAAAGAUUUGCAGCCUGUGAUUAGUCUCAAAGCCCAUCAAAACGCAAACAACCGUUUGUUCUGAAAUUUGGGCUCGUCCAUGGUUUGUUCCCCCUAGUAGGCCGGUCUGGUGCUAAUCUGGCCCAGCGUUGUGCUUUAGGCGGAUUUCGACUUUGCUUGCCUGCUGGGCCUUGGCCGCAAGCGCCAGUCAGGACUCUGCAUCGAGAUGAUUUUUAUCAUUACCGUGAUUUUUAUCGCGUUGUGCUUUCGCCGGUGAGGUAUUUCUCGCAAAGAAAAAGGAACUAACGAAAUGUGCUCGUCGUUCAUUGGCAUGCCGGUGCUUACGAGAUUGAAAUAAAGAAGUAGCGGUAUGAUCAUCAA